UCUUCCUUUCCAUCCGCUCUCUCUCUCUUUCUCUCGCAAAUCCCGAAGAGGAGAGAGAGUUAGCGGAGAAGAGGGCGUUAAAUUCCCCCCCUCCAGGCGCAUAAUUUGAUCAGGGUUUUUGGGCUCCGAUUGAUUCCUCUCCUCACCUUCGGAUCGGAAGUCCGGCGGCUUCUCAGGGGCCGGGAUUUCGGCGAGGAGGUGGCAGAGAGAAUCUGUUUCCAAAAAAGGUCUUAUCGAGUCUUUCGCGAUAAUUUCGUCGGUUCUUGCCUUCGAUUGAAACCUUAGAAGCGGAAAUUUGUGGAUCGAUUCCUAAUUUUUUUUUUUUAUACUAUUUCGCCUUUUUAAGGCUAAAGAUCUCUCUUUUGGUCGUACUUGUCUUUGCGUUUUACUUGAAUGCUGAGUGAGCCAUACACAUCAGAGGGGCAAUGGAUGCAGCUGGCGAUAUUGAACAAGGCAUGCUCAAACCUAAGACUUCUCGAGAAAUGGGCAGUCGAAGAGCAUUGAGGGACAUAAAGAACCUGUUGGGGACGCAGCGCGACCCUUCUGCGGUGACAAAGAGCAAAAGUAAUUUAGAUGGAAAAAAUCCUGCACUUGUCGCCCGACGACCGAUUACAAGGAGAUUUGCUGCCUCAUUGGCAAACAAAUCGCAAGCUCAGAAGCAGGAGUCCAAGGAAAAUUAUCAGCAAAUUGGGAAUGAUAGGAAACAUACACCAAACGUACAGCCUGAUGUGAGUUUGAGUUCCGCAGAUAUUCGUACAGCUAUAGAUGUCGAUUUGCAGAAAUCAGCCAUUGGCUUGCCAUUGCCUAUGGCAGAGGAAAUGGAUAGGUCUGAUCACAAAGAGAUUGAAAUGGAAGACAUCAUCGUGAAUUUGAUGCCUGAUAUCGAUAGCUGUGAUCGGGAUGAUCCACUAGCAGUCGUUGAUUACGUAGAUGACAUAUACAGAUUCUACAGGAAUACAGAGGAUGCAAGUUGUGUGAAACCUGACUACAUGUCCAAGCAGUUUGAUAUCAAUGAAAAAAUGAGGGCUAUUCUCAUAGACUGGUUGAUAGAGGUGCAUUAUAAAUUUGAGUUAAUGGAAGAGACACUCUUUUUGACUAUAAACAUUAUCGAUAGAUUCUUAGAAUGCCAGGCAUUAGCAAGGAAAAAACUUCAGCUGGUUGGAGUUACAGCAUUGUUUUUGGCUUGCAAGUAUGAGGAAGUAUCUGUUCCUGUUGUCGAGGACUUGAUCUUAAUUUCAGACAAAGCUUAUACAAGGACUGAAGUGAUUGAAAUGGAAAAGUUGAUACUUGGAACCUUGCGCUUCAAUAUGUCCUUUCCAACUCCUUGUGUCUUCAUGAAAAGGUUUCUCAAGGCAGCUCAAUCUGAUCGAAAGUUGGAGCUUCUUGCUUACUUCAUCAUAGAGCUUUCCUUGGUUGAGUACAAGAUGCUCAAAUUCCGCCCUUCAUUGCUGGCUGCUGCAGCAAUAUACACUGCACACUGUGCUCUCAGGAGGCACAAGGAAUGGACAAAAACUUGCGAAUUAUACACUGCCUAUUCAGAGAACCAGCUACUCGAAUGCUCUAUGCUGAUGGUGGAUUUCCACCUCAAAGCUGGAACUGGAAAGCUCACUGGAGUACAUAGAAAAUACAGUACUUUGAAGUAUGGAUGUGCAGCAAAAACAGAAGCUGCUAUUUUUCUACUGGAAAACUAAUCCUUCUUGCUGAUGAGGAACGGUGGCAAUCACUAAUAUUGAUUUUUAACAUGGCAAGGACCAAACCACGAAGUUGUGGGAUUGAUUGAAGUAACAACAGUUGCAGGAACAUGAGAAAAACAUCAUGUUUGCAUGCAAAAAAAAAUUAUGUAUUAGGUUAGAGUCAACUCAGCUAUAAAGUUGUUGUAACCGCUGGUUCACAUUUCAACUUUGAUGUAAUUGUACAAGAAUUUUCUUUUCCAGGUGGUUAAGAUUAACUUUUUUUACUGGCUAUUUAGCCUUUGAAUUCUUCUCGAGUUGUCACUUGUA